CUCUGUGAGUCAGUUAAUCCACCGAGUCCCUGAGGUAGCUACACCAUUGUCACUCUAUAGCAGUUAUGAUGACUCGAUAAGGUCAUUUGUACGAAUGUCUGUUGGUGGCGACAAAGGGACCAACGGGCAUAAAUAUAACAGCCAUCUUUUGGAGGUACCUCUAUUCUGCUUCUUGAUUCUCCCCAUUUUAUCUUUCCUUUCCUUACAAAGCACACUACAAAAAAACUGCUUUAUUACUUUACCAACUAUCACAAUGCGUAUUGGUUCUCUCCUUGCUUUGGGAGCUGCCACCACUCAAGUAGCAUCUGCUGUACUUGACCCAGUUGGAGCAAACCACACCGACCUGGCUACCUUCAUGCGCCGUGAUGACGCUGUUUCCACGCUUACUUCUACUGCAGCCGUCGAGACUGACAUGGUGAACCUUGUCAACAAUGACGCUGUCUUUGGAGAGGAUGACAGCGACGACGUAGUAGCCGACAGUGACGAUAUCUCCACCGAUCGCAGGGGUAGGCGCCGCAAAGGCCAAUGCCGCUCUGACCUGGACUGUGACCGUGGCUACCUGUGCAAUAGCGGCUUUUGCAGCACUGGCUGUCGCCUUGACGCCGACUGCAGUCGCGGUCAAAGGUGCCUGGGUUGGCAAUGUCGUGCGCCCAAUCCUCCCCAGUGCAAGCCUUACAAGCAGCGAUGCACUGAUGACUCCGAGUGCUGCUCGUGUAUCUGCGGUCAUGGAUGGAGAGGAAAGGUGUGCAAGCACAACAAGCAUAUCUAAUGUAUCGAUCGAAAAGACGAGAUAGUGCUGCUAGGGUAGGGAUCUUGGAUUUUGUUAUGUAUUAGGGUGCCUUAUACUUCAGCUUGAUUUGAUGUCUUUUGUUCAGCUUCUGCCUGUUCUGUCUUGCAUACAACCGGCCGAGAGCCUGGAAGGGAAUGUAUGUCGCAAAUGGUGUUUAACGGGAGUGAUUUGACUGGGAAAUGUUUAACUAAGAGAACGGUUGAUUGCAGAAAAGCUAUUUGUAUUUAGAAACAGAACACAAAGAUCAAAAAUAGUUGCUUACCACAC